GGGAGGUAUGUCGCGCGCGGUGAAGGCACUCCAUUCACUUGUCGGUCGCCGUCGAUUGGAAGUGUCUUGCGUUCACGCGUUUACAUCCGCAUACAGUUAGAUUUUCAUCCAUUUUUAUCGCGAAACGAACGAAAUAAUAUACGGCGUGAUUUUCGAUAUAGGGAUCAGUGAUAUAUAAUUAUAUAUGAGCGAUCAGUGAGUUUAUACGUGGUGCUUGCAUGGGUGAUUCGCGAGAAAUGUGUCGUUGUCUGACCGGCCAUUGAAAAGUGCACUGCCACUGCCGCUCCCGUUCGAGCAAUAUUUUUUUGUACGUGAAAAGGAUCUACGCUUCAUAAUCCACGGAUGAGAUGACGGUCGCUGGAAAGAGAUACGUAGAUUGUACAGUAUUGAAUGUAAGCAGUAUGCCAGAUGCUGAAGAUUCCUCAUAUGACAGUGAUUACGAAGCUGAGGACUUAAUGACGACAACGACGAUGACAAUGACAACAAUGAUGACAACGACAACGAUUGCACAGAGUUCAGAACCGCAGAUAUCUCCCGCAGCGCAUGCUGAUAUCUCUCGCACUGCAUCCGAUACUCUAGCAGCUGAGUUCGCAGAGUACGUCACUAUGGAUGGAUCUUCGACCACACAAAACCCCGGUUAUACCGCUCGAGUAGAGUUCGCCCUGAAACUGGGCUAUACCGAGAGAUUGGUACAAGCAGCUUUACAAAAACUGGGUCCGGACCCUGGUCAAAACGAGCUAUUAGCCGAACUGAUUAAGCUUGGAGCAACUUGUUCUCCGAAAUUCAUUGACGGUUCCGACGAAGCUGACAACUUGCUAGAUACUGAAGUGGACACCGACGAAGGCGAAGGAUCACUUUUAACUUCGACGAUAACAAAUGGAGUCUUCUCUAUUGAUUUAAAACCUAUUGUUAUCGAUGGCAGCAAUGUCGCCAUGAGUCAUGGUAACAAGGAGAUAUUUUCUUGUCGUGGCAUCAAAAUAUGUGUCGACUGGUUUCGUGCCAGAGGUCACAAAGAGAUCACAGUCUUUGUUCCUAAAUGGCGGAAAGAAGCCUUUAGACCCGAUAAUCCGGUUGCUGACCAAGAAAUCUUGAGUGAGCUUGAAAGAGAUCGUUUACUGGUGUUCACACCUUCUAGAUUGGUAGGCGGGAAACGUAUGGUAUGUUAUGAUGACCGAUACAUCUUAAAGUUGGCUGCCGAAGUCGAUGGCAUUGUCGUCAGCAAUGAUAACUAUCGGGACUUAGCGCAAGAAAACCCUGAGUUUAGAAAAGUCGUUGAAGAGAGAAUCCUUAUGUACAGUUUUGUAAAUGACCGAUUCAUGCCACCAGAUGAUCCGUUAGGUAGGAGUGGACCUACGUUGGAAAACUUUCUCAGGAUCACUCCCAAAAAGGUUGACCCAGCACUUCCAUGUCCGUAUGCUAAGAAAUGUACAUAUGGCAAUAAAUGUAAAUUCUGGCAUCCCGAGAGAGGACCACAUCCACAUAAAUCUGUGACGGAACGAUUAGUAGAGCAUGCUCAGCGUCAUCUACAGGCUCGUGGACCUAGUUUGAGUUUACCAUUACCAUCUAUAACUGCGUCUGUAUCUUCACAACAUCUAUCACUCUGUAAAGCUAGAUCUGCUAUACCGCCAACUGUUGUUCAAUCCUUGUCGCCGAAGAGUAGAUCUGUGGAGAAUGUCACAUCUGACUUGUUUUCAUCAACUAGUCCAGUCAUGUACAAUCAACAGAUGCCUCUUACGCAGAAUCUUCAAAGUUAUCCCUCCGCAGUAAAUUGGGCCAUGUCAAGAGUAAACAAUCCGGAUCCAGAACCGGCGAAUAUGCAUCGCAAAUUGCAGCGACAAUUGACUUUGAAUCCAAUAUGCGAUCCGCGACUUUAUCAGCUCAGGCGACAACAGCAACAAGCUGAUCAACUACAACAACAAUCGGUCAUCAAUUCCCCGCGCUCCAAUGUACAACAUCGACCGUUGACAAGACACGCCAAUAAUGAAUCGUCGUAUCCAGUUACUGCCAUGAGCUGGGACCAUCCCGAUUGUUUUCAGCAUCAUCACCAGCAUGUGAUGCGCAUUGCUUCCGCCCCAGACUCUUAUAAAGCGUGGCCGCCACAAAAUACUACCUUGAUGCGACUAUCACCAAUUCAGAGGCUGGGUACUUCGGAUCCUCAACUAAAUUUGUUACCAUCGCCACCGUCCACGAGUCACAUACUUUGGGGCACACAUGCCCAAGACGCUCGACGUCGCCUGCAUUAUCAUCUCGCCAAUAUCUUUCCCGAAGAGCAAGUGCAAACUGUUAUGGCGCUACAUCCACAUGAGACCGAUCCUCAACACAUUUGCGCUACUAUUCUGGCGAUGUUUCCAAAAAAUCAAAACUAAUGCAAUUGUAAAUUUUGCACAAAAUAUUUACUAACAUUGAAUUGGAAAACUACUUUUGUAUAGUCCUUUUAUUUUUAUAAAAAUUUUGCAUCGUAAAGCAAUUUUAAUACAGAAUAUAUCUAGCGAUUAUCAUGUUAAUUAUGAUU